GAUCAUCUAACUGCUUUAAUUAGCACUUCAAAAUCCAAACGCCUGAUGACGUUUCAUCUCGGUGUCUGAAAGUGAACCAUUGUUUCUAAGGAUAUGAAGUACAAUCACAGUGAUAGAUAGAAGAAAGAGUUAUAGAGAAGACUAGGGAAGUGUCGUUAUAUAUCUACUACAGCUGUAUGGAAACUACACCAAACAAGACUAUAUCUAAACUUAUUGUUGAAUGGCCAGGCAUAUACCAAUUUUAAAAUGGCUUACUUUUGUCACUGUAGUAUAUUCAGGUACACUGACAGUGCUUUUUAUGUCAUCCAGCCCACCCUUGACCCCAUGUUCCCAGAUGGAUGAAAGUCUCAAGGUAAACAAAGAUGCCACUAUCAAAGAAACUGUUAACAUUCCAGAGAGCGUGCAAAAUGGAGACAACAAAGAGUGGGGCCCCCACAAAAUGACACUUAUUGUCCCUUUCAGAGAUAGAUUAGAAGAAUUACUAGAGUUUGCUCCACAUAUACAGGAAUACCUCACCAGAAAGCAUGUCAGACAUGAAAUCCUGGUUGUGAAUCAAGUUGAUUCUUUGAGGUUCAACCGUGGAUCUCUUAUUAACGUUGGUGUCUUAGAAAGCUCAAGUGACUGUGAUUAUAUAGCUAUGCACGAUGUUGACCUGCUACCCCUCAAUGACGCAUUAGAUUAUUCCUACCCAGGAGAUGGACCAUUCCAUAUAUCUGCUCCAGAUUUACACCCCUUAUAUCACUAUCAUUCGUUUAUUGGAGGCAUAAUUCUGCUGACUAAAUUCCAUUUCAAGAUGGUAAAUGGAAUGUCUAACAGGUACUGGGGAUGGGGCAGAGAAGAUGAUGAAUUUUAUGUCAGAUUAAAAAAGGCAGGACUGCUGAAAACAAAAUGGAUUGAGAAGGAUGGUGAAAGUGUUCCAGAAUAUGAGGUUAGAAGACCAAAGAACAUAACGACAGGUUUAGGAACAUUUCACCACAUCCAUGACAGGAGGCAAAGACCAAGAGACAAUAAAAGAUACUUUGACCAGAAAGAGAAAACCAGUAAAUUGGAUAGAGAGACAGGACUGAACAAUGUGAAGUAUGAAGUACUGAGUAGGCAUAAAUUGACAGUGAAUGGUACUGGUUUUACCAUGUUAGAGGUGAAACUGAAGUGUGAUUAUGAGAAAACACCAUGGUGCUUGAAAGAGGCAGAUCACCAUCUUAUAAAGAAAUAUGUAACUCCUAUACCUCCGAGAUGACCAAGAAAAGAAUGAAGUUACUGUACACGAGUCAUCAUAUAAGACAUGGCCAUUUGAUUAAACUGAUUGUAAUUCUGAUUAUAUAGGAGUUCUUACAUUAUAUAUAUCUUAUUAUAGGAAAGAUGUAUUUUCAGUGGUAGUUUGGAAUAACUAAAAGUUCAGUAUUAACCAGUUUUACUUAUAAAACAGUAAUUAUAAUGUAAAAAAUGAAAAGUCCAAUGAAAUUGUUGUUAGUUCCUUUAAAUUUUUUUAUUUAACUACUUUGGACCAUUAUAUUUCCUGUUUAGCAGACAGUUAUACAGUGUGUUAGUGUAGGAAAGGUAUGAAACGAAUGUAUUUAUUUAUGAUAUUGUAGGAUUGAAUUAAUUUUUGUUUAUUCAGUUAUAACAUUUAUUGCAAUGUCAUAUUUUUACCUCGUCUGAACUAUGUUAUAACACUUGUUAUAACACUUUGUAAACUAGUUUUUUUUUCAUUUUUAACAUUUUUCUAUUUAAAUUUGUUUAAGAAAAUGUUUUUCAGCCUUACAUGUGUUGCAAUUUGAUACUUAAUAUAGGCUUGAUUUUAAAAUACUUUCGCAGCAAUGUUCCUUGGAAGACCCUCUUCUGAAUUGCUUAAAAUCAGUUUGUUUCAUUAAGUAUAUGGCAACUAUAUGGAAAACUUUGAAAAUCUCCUAUCAAACUGCUAGUCCGUAAAAGCAAUGCUUGUAUAGUGAUCCUUUGCCAUGAUCCUUUGCCAAAUUCCUUCAAGCAGUAUUGAUGUGUUAAAAACAUGACAGCCUUUGGGAGAUGCUAAUUAAUCCCUUACUUGUUGGAAACCAGUUUUUAGGACUAGUAUUUCGCUUUUCUGUCCAUCUGUCAUUCUGUCUGUCCAUCUGUCUGUGUGUUCGCAAUUUUGUGUCUGGUCAAUAACUCGGUCAUUCAUCAAAGAAUUUUAACGUUACUUUGCACAAAUGUUCCUCAUUAUGAGAUAACAUGUCAAGCGCAACUCCUGGUCACACUUGGAGGUCAAAAGGUCAUUUUUUAUGUCCAGUCUAUAACUUGACAGUCCAUGAAGGGAUUUCAAUAUUACAUGGCACAAAUGUAUCCCAUAAUCAAACAGUGUGUCAUGUGAAACACUCAGAACCCUAGCUUAAAGGUCAAGGUCAGCUUUAAGGUCAAAGAUCAAGAGGACUUUUUUUCCUGUUUUGUAUGUAACAACAAUUCAUAAAAGAGUUUUGAUAUUACUUGGCACAAAUGUACCCCAUGGCAUGCAGAACACCCAGACCCCAGUCUGAGAGGACAAGGUCAAACUUUGAGGUCUAAGAUCAAGAGGACUUUUUUCCUGUCUGAGAUGUAACUCAAAAAUCCAAAAAGGGAUUUUGAUAUUACUUGGCACAAAUGUUCUCCAUCAUAAAAUGAUUUGUCACAUGCAACACCCAGACCCCUAUCUCAAAGGUCAAGGUCACAUUUGAAGUUCAAACGUUAAGUUCGUUCCUGUCCAGUCUGUAACAUAUUUUGAUAUAAGCUCAUGUGUCAUAUGGACACAAUUAAAAAAUUGUUGAUGUAUUUUCUUCAGAAUUACUUCCCAUUAAUAUGAGGAUUUCUUUUAUUUUUAGCUCACCUGAGUACAAAGUGCUCAUGGUGAGCUAUUGUGAUCAUGCCGUGUCCAUCGUUCGUGGUGUGUGCAUCCGUGAGUGCGUCAAGUCGUCCGUCCGUCGUCAACAUUUGUGUUUAAACGACAUCUCCUCCGAAACCAAUGAUUGGAUUUUGAUGAAACUUGGCCAUGAUGUUCCUUGGGUGGUCCUCUACCAGGUAAAGUUGUUAAACGGUUCAGCUUGGUUGCACAUAGGGGUUGCCAGAGCUAAAAAUAGAAAAAAACUUCAAACGACAUCUCCUAAACCGAUUGACUGAUUUUGAAAUAAUUUCACACAAAUGGUCCUUAUGUCACCAUCUUCCAAGAUUGUUCAAAUUAUACCGAUUCGUCAGAAAAAAAGGCCGCUAGAGGGCGUGGUCACUUUUCACUAUAAUUGAAACUUUAAAAAUCUUGUAUGAAACUGCUUGCCCAAUUUUUGAAUAAUUUUACACAAAUGGUCCUUGUGUGACCCUCUACCAGGAUUGUUCAAAUUAUUCUGAUUCGUCAAAAAACAUGGCCGCCAGAGGGCAUGGUCACUUUUCCCUCUAAGUAUAUAGUGAAAACUUCUUCUUGUAUGUAACUGCUAGCCCGAUUUUAGAAUAAUUUUACAUAAAUGGUCCUUGUGUGACCUUCUACCAAGAUUAUUUAAAUUAUUUUGAUUCGUCAAAAAACAUGGCCGCCAGAGGGUGUGGUCAUUUUACCCUAUAUGUAUAUAGUGGAAACUUUAAAAAUCUUCUUGAUUGAAACUGCAUGCCCGAUUUUAAAAUAAUUGUACACAAAUGGUUCUUGUGUGACUCUGUACCAAGAUUGUUAAAAUUAUUCCGAUUCGUCAAAAAACAUGGUUGCCAGGGAGCAUGGUCACUUUUCUUCUCUGAAUCAAUAAUAGCUAGAGCCUUGAUAUUUGGUGAUAUCAGAUUUGUAAUGUCUACUAUAAUUGCUCAAAUUAUUGCCCUAGGUUCAAAAGUGUGUGUGACAUGUAUAUAAUAUAGGCUAACAUAGAAGAAACCUAACUCUGUACUUACACAAACACACUUGAAGCCUUGUACACAGGUGAGCGUUUUAGGGUCAGUGACCGUCUUGUUCUCAUAUUUUUCCACAAUUUCAAAAUGAAAUGUUAUCAAAAAUGAACUUUUCAUCUUCAUAGCUAUUAUAAGCAAUCAGUGACUGCAGCUAACUUUGUGUUAUAGCAUAAUAGUAUAUACAGUACAGUACUGUUCAGAUAUUAGAUUAUUAUGUUAUACUGCAGUAGACAAAAUUAGUUGCCUUCCAGUAGGGUCUUUUUGUAGCAUGGCAAUACUUCAUUCACUUGUUUAUUAGGAAAACUGUAAAAAUCUUCUUUUAUAAAACUGCUGACUCAGUUUGAUGUAAAACUGCUGACUCAGUUUGAAAAUAAUUUGACCCCUCCCCACCCCCUCUAAAUUCUUUUGAAUAAUUCUGUUUUGUUUAAAAGGGACUAUUUAGAAAAUUUUGAAAAUCUUUUCUGCUGACACUGCUGGCCAGAUCCUAAAUUUUUUUACAGCAUUGUUCCUUUUUCAUAAAUUAUUCAAUCCUACUGUGAAUGUCUGGUGAGCUAUCUAGGGCCAUCAUGGCCAUUAUCUAGGGCCAUCAUGGCCAUAUUAUUUUGCGCUGCAUUUUGCAUUAUUAUGUUAUUGAUCAUAUGAGGUUUAAUGCCCCUUUUCUUACUGAAGUGCUCAAGCUACCUCACUAUGUAUAGUGUACUCAGAAGUAAAUAACUUACAUCUAGAAACUUUACCUACAGGUGAUGAGGAGAGACUAUAAUUAUGUAAUGAAAACAUUUGACUUUGUACUGGAUUAAGAUUGUUUUGCACCUAUGGUAAACUGGAAGUAAUAGCGUAAUAUGAUUUAUCUGGGUAAAGAAGAACAAAGCCAUGACUUGGCAAUAAAAAAGAUUUUUUUUUAUGAUUUAAUGGCAACCUGCAAAUGAAGAUAAAAUAACAAUGUAACUUUCUUUCUAAAGAUAGAAUAUAAUAUCAAAAUUGUUAGUACAUUAAAUACCAGUAAAUCUAAAGAAUGUCUUAAAAUCAGUUUGAAAUGUUCAGAUGUAUUUAAUUAUGUCCAGAUAUCUCCAGUACAAGCACACAGACCUUGUACAUUUUUUCAUGCCAUAUGUUUGUUUAUAUGGCUGUGAGAACUACAUUAAAAUCUACAUUGUAAAAAAAAAACAUUUUCAGAAAUGUCACCAAAACUGUGAUUUUCCCAUAUUCUCUCAUUAUGAAAACCAGUGUGAGUUUCAAACUUGAGAUCAGUUUACCAGAAAUACAAAUAGAUGAUUUUGAUAUUUAUGGAAUACCCUAUAUAUAUGAAAUAUUUUUUAGAGCUAAAAGGCUUAUGCUGUGCUUUUCAGUUUUGAUAAACAUUACUGAAGUAGACAAUCAUGAUUAAGAACAGCUUUAAGUAACUGUCUCAAAAGUUUCGUGAAUUCAAGGUUAUAAAAUGAGCCGCACCAUGAGAAAGCCAAUAUAUUGGCUUUGCGACAGUCUGGUCAGGAUCCAUGCUGUUCGCUUUCAAAGCCUAUUGCAAUACAAGAAACCAUUAGCGAACAGCAUGGAUCCUGACCAGACUGCCCAGAUGCGCAGGCUGGUCUAGAUCCAUGCUGGUUGCAAAGGCACUAUGUUGGUUUUCUCAUGGCGCGGCUGAAAUAAAUUUAGAGACAAGUCUCAAAUCUCCAGCGCCUGAUUAAUUUUAAGCUUCUUUAUUUGGUUAGGAAAGCUUUACUUUUAAUACUGCACAAUUGAGACUGAACAGUUAGAGCUACUAAGGGAGGUAAUCAAAGACAACAGAUUCAGUAAAACCUUCUGCCUUUGUGAUCUGUGUAGAUCAUGAUCUGCACUGUUUGCCAUUCAGUCAGUAUUAUUUGGUAAGCACCCCUUUUAACAGUUAAUGGUACUGUCAAAAUUGAAAGAUGGACAAGUUCAUUAUAGAUAUUUAGCAGGUUAAAUGUCAACAGGGAGUGAUUAAAUAUGCUAAAUCCAGGUUAAAGUUUGCUUUGUAGCUUACAGGUGGUGGUCUACUUUUUAGCUCACCUGUCACAUAGUGACAAGGUGAGCUUUUGUGAUCGCGCAGCGUCCGUGGUCCGUCGUCUGUCCGUGCGUGCGUAAACUUUUGCUUGUGACCACUCUAGAGGUCACAUUUUUUGUGGGAUCUUUAUGAAAGUUGGUCAGAAUGGUCAUCUUGAUGAUAUCUAGGUCAAGUUCGAAACUGGGUCACGUGCCUUCAAAAACUAGGUCAGUAGGUCUAAAAAUGGAAAAACCUUGUGACCUCUCUAGAGGCCAUAUAUUUCACAAGAUCUUCAUGAAAAUUGGUCAGAAUGUUCACCUUGAUGAUAUCUAGGUCAAGUUCGAAACUGGGUCACGUGCCAUCAAAAACUAGGUCAGUAGGUCUAAAAAUAGAAAAACCUUGUGACCUCUCUAGAGGCCAUAUAUUUCACAAGAUCUUCAUGAAAGUUGGUCAGAAUGUUCAUCUUGAUGAUAUAUAGGUCAAGUUCGAAACUGGGUCACGUGCAGUCAAAAACUAGGUCAGUAGGUCUAAAAAUAGAAAAACCUUGUGACCUCUCUAGAGGCCAUAUAUUUCAUAAGAUCUUCAUGAAAAUUGGUCAGAACUUUCAUCUUGAUGAUAUCUAGGUCAGUUUCGAAACUGGGUCACGUGCUGCCAAAAACUAGGUCAGUAGGUCAAAUAAUAGAAAAACCUUGUGACCUCUCUAAAGGCCAUAUUUUUCAUGGGAUCUGUAUGAAAGUUGGUCUGAAUGUUCAGCUUGAUGAUAUCUAGGUCAAGUUCGAAACUGGGUCACGUGCGGUCAAAAACUAGGUCAGUAGGUCUAAAAAUAGAAAAACCUUGUGACCUCUGUAGAGGCCAUACCUAUGAAUGGAUCUUCAUAAAAAUUGGUCAGAAUGUUCAUCUUGAAGAUAUCUAGGUCAAGUUCGAAAGUGGGUCACGUGUCUUCAAAAAGUAGGUCAGUAGGUCAAAUAAUGAAAAAACCUUGAGACCUCUCUAGAGGUCAUACUUUCCAUGGGAUCUGUAUGAAAGUUGGUCUGAAUGUUUAUCUUGAUGAUAUAUAGGUCAAGUUUGAAACUGGGUCAACUGCGAUUAAAAACUAGGUCAGUAGGUCUUAAAAUAGAAAAACUUUGUGACCUCUCUAGAGGCCAUAGCCUUGAAUGGAUCUUCAUGAAAAUUGGUCAGAAUGUUCACCUUGAUGACAUCUAGGUCAACUUUGAAACUGGGUCACGUGCCAUCAAAAACUAAGUCAGUAGGUGAAAUAAUAAAAAAACCUUGUGACCUCUCUAGAGGCCAUACUUUUCAUGGGAUCUGUAUGAAAGUUGGUCUGAAUGUUCAUCUUUAUGAUAUCUAGUUCAAGUUUGAAACUGGGUCAACUGCAUUCAAAAACUAGGUCAGUAGGUCAAAUAAUAAAAAUUUUUUUGACCUCUCUAGAGGCCAUAUUUUUCAAUGGAUCUUCAUGAAAAUUGGUCAGAAUUUUUAUCUUGAUGAUAUCUAGGUCAAGUUCAGAACUAGGUCACAUGAGCUCAAAAACUAGGUCACUAUGUCAAAUAAUAGAAAAAACGACGUCAAACCCAAAACUGGGUCAUGUGGGAACAGGUGAGCGAUUCAGGACCAUCAUGGUCCUCUUGUUAUCAUAAAGUCCAUAGAUGUCUUUUUUGUUUUAUUAUAUUAAUGUUUUAUCACAUUUUAACAUUUAAUUUCUUUUUGAUGUUUUUUAUUAGUUCUUUUUUAUUAUACUGAAUGAUUAUUAUUCUGUUCCAUUUUUUUUUAUUUACUCUGCAUAUACAAGUAGUAAGUGUAUUUUAUUUUAUUUUUACUGCAUUGAAUUCAGUCAUUUAAAUCAAAUGUGUAUGAAAAGGUUUUGAAUAUUUUUUUUAUUUCUGUCUGUGUCUAAACUAGAUAGGACUAUUAAGUCCUUGUAUAAUGAUAAUUGAAAAUCAUUUUGCUGUUCUUUGCUGCCGACAAAGAGACCUUGGCUUAACAUUGUGGCAUAACCCUGAAAGCAGUCAACUUGUUUUUCAUUCAGUACAGUAACUUUUAAUUCACUGAGGGGAAAUAAAGAUUACUAGAUCCAAUGAAAGAUGGCAGCCAAUGAGAUUAAUUGGGAAGUACAAACAUUGACUCAGUUUAAAGUAUAUCUCCCUUUAUGAUUUGUAAUUUUACAUAUUUUUGAUCAUUAUUACAAUGAUAAUUAUAUUGUAAAGGAAGUGAUGAGCCAAAGAACUAGUAACUUUUUUAUUCAUUGUAGAAUUAUUUCCAUGUUUGUUUUAGUAUCUUUUAACUUUUUUUCUCUAAACAAGUGUUCUGCUACUGAAAC